AGCGAAGGGCGUAUGUACAGCUUUUCGUCUCAUCUUUUCCCGAAUAUCACAAUAGGACACAUAUCCUGUCAUCCCUGACUUUCACAUAUAAGCCCAUCCAUCAUGGGACUCGCCCUGCACAACCAUCUGGACUCGUCCUGUCUUUCCAACCUCCUCGAGGACCGGCACCCGCCGGCCCAGAGCGAGGCCGAGGAGAACACGCAAUGCCCCUUCUUCUUUACCACGGAGAGGUACGAAACCCUCGCCGAGCGCCGCGAAUGCCAAAGGCGGCGCCGCCUGCGAGCACGCCAGCUCCAGCUCCAGGGCCACAGCCACCCCGCCAGCAGUGGCGGGAGGCCGCCCCGUAGAGCGCACAUGGGCCGCGACCUGGACGAGAAGGAGGGCCGCGACCUGGCCCGGAGCCCCGGCGGCGACGGCGGCGGCGGCCGCCGAACCACCCGCCGCCCCCCCUCGCUGGAGCGCCAGGAGGCCUUCCGCGACGGGAGGACGGCCAAGAAGCGCGUCUUCCCGCGCCGCUCCGGCGGUGAUGGCGGGGCGGGAGAAGACGACGACGACGACGACCCGGUCAAGGCAGAGCUGUAUCGCCUGGGCUUGCUCUACGAUGAUGAGCAUGAGCGUGGGUCCGGGUUCACCUUCGACGCUAUCGCUCGCAGCGAGCCGGCGUACAGGCUCAAUCUCCGGUCUGGCAAGCGCGGUCGCAAAGCGAGGGGUUCUUCGUCUUCUUCUUCCGGGGACGAGGACGCUCUCGGCGACCUCCCGCUAGACCUCUCGUUCGCGGCGCUCGGGGAGGACGAGGCGCUCGCGCAGUUCCUUGUCUCCCCCGGGGAAGAGGGACGUGGACCGGCUCGGGGGGACGGCGCUGGUGGCGACGUCGCGGGCCGGAACGGGGCGGCUAGGAUCGUCCGGCCGUCUGUGACGGUCAUCUACGAGCUUGAGACGGACGGGUCAACGAGCGUGUCGUUCCAGGAAUCCACUGUUCAAACACAGACGACUCACGACUUGCCCGAUCUGAUCUCCGACAAUGGCAGCGAGCACGACGACAGGGAGGAGGUCGGCGACGAGGAGACGGGCGAGUGGGAGAUGGUUCAGACGCGCGACGCGCCUGCCCCCGGCGGCGGCGGAGGAGGAGGAGGAGGAGGAGACGUGACAGCCACGGCAACAGCAACGGCGACAACACCCGCCAACCCCGACGCCUGGGUCGUGCUGGACUGACAACAGAAGACUUUUGGCUCGUAGCAGGUCCGCAUGUGAGGUCCCCCGCGCGCCACUCGGGACCUCGACAAUCCGCUUUUUGCCGGACUGGCCCUCUUUUAUCUUUUGUUUCUGCACAGCACACCCGGACGGGGGAACAGUGGGAGGCGCGGAUUGUGGUGUUUGGGGGGGGGGGCGGGCGAGAAGGGCUGGGCCCAACCUAGCUAGUGUGUGCUCGUGGCUGAGGCUGCUUGAGCUCGCUGCUGG